AUGCCUGAAAAAUUGACACGCCUGGCUGAAGAAAAUUGCGACUUUAAAGUACCAUGCGUUGAUGAAACGUUCAAUAAAGAACAGAUAGAUAUGAUGUUGGCGACGACUAACAUGUCGCAAGAGUUAAAAACGAAACAAAUUGAAUGCAGGUUGUCUGCAAGGUCGGUGUCUUGUAUAACUGUGCAACAUGACGCAAACUGCACGGCUGAGAUGGCGGAACUUCAAACGACAAUUGCAAUUUUGAAGCACUCAUUGUCACAGUGUAACAUAUCACAAGAAAAUGCCUUAUUUAAGAAAUAUGGCGGUGAAAUCAAGUGUCAAAACCCCACAAAUAGAUGUUUUACAUCAAGUGUGACGUCACGAAUGUCGCAAUGUAAGCCGAUCACCAUGACAACUUUUAUGCAGCAAAACCAAUCUGCAAUUCAAGAAAUAUGUGAUGAUAUUGAAUGCACAAGCCAAUGCUACACACAGGCUAUUGGGGAUUGUCAUAAAGAGAACAAGUUUGUGAUGAUUGACCCUGAAACUAUAAAAAUAUCCACCAGAGCAACAUGCGACAAUAUUAACGUGUUCGCUUCCACGAUUCAACACUGUAGAAUGCGAGACACUUCAUGCUUGCGUACAUUAGCAAAAUCUAUGACGUCGGCACAGAUGUACAUACACGCGGAACAAUUUUCCGAAUACAAAAAUCUUGUUUGUGGAGCAACAUCUAGAUUUCGAUCAUGUAUUUCCUUUGACGUCACUGAAAACUGCACGGAAUCCAUGGCUAUUUUAGCAAAGAAUCUGUACGAAGUCUGGCAUAGUUAUUCAGCAUGCGGUCCAGUAGACAAUAUCAUGUUUCAACAAUAUUCUGGAGAGCUGACCUGUGACAGUGGUGAAAAAAGUGAAGAAAGUAGGAAUAGCGCCAAGUUUCAAACACCGUCUGUCGUGGUUGCUGUGAUAAGCUUAUUUCUGACUUUAGUCAAGUUUGUAACCCAGCGAUAAUUUCUAUCACGGUAUUGCCCAAAGGUUUUCACGGUAUUGCCCAAAGGUUUUCAUUUAAACCAUUUGGAAUUUGUUCCUCGCUCAUAUAUGUAAGGUUGUUGCUAAUUUUAAACGCACUAAAGUAGGUUGUAUGUUACAUUAAAACAAAGACCAAUGGAUGAUUAUUGCUCUUCUGAAAAACAUUAUUAUACAUAUAUCUUAAACAUAUGAUUUCUUUUAUCAUAUUUAUUAAUACAUGUAUACUGUUUGUUUGCAAUUUAUCAGUAGUUAUAUACAUUUAGUUUAAAAAAUAAAUGUUCAUGAUAUUCUGCUUGUACAUAUUUUAUAAUUUCAAUAAUGAACUGUAAUAAAAUUCCUUAAUUAAUACAAUUCGUAGUUUUUAAAUUAUAGCAGUACUUAUAUGUAUACACGCA